AUGGCUGAUCAGACUGUUGGGCUGGUAGGAAAAAGUGGAUCAGGCAAAUCAACGGUUAUAAAUUUUCUGGAAAGAUUUUAUGAACCUCUUGGGGGAGACAUUCUCCUAGAUGAGGAGGCUUCCAUGGAAGUGGAAAUCAGAGCAGCCAAAGCUGCUAAUGCACACAACUUCAUCCAUAAACUACCUGAUAUAACACUCCGGUGGGACAAUUGGAAACUCAAAUGUCUGAAGGGCAGAAACACCAACUUAAUUGGUGCCUUCUAUCUGAGAGCGAUGACAAUGCGAACAAUGUCUAAGAAGAUGCUUUUAAGGCACAGAAACGGAGCAGUAAGCUCCAAGAAAGAAAGCCACAAGCAACCUUGGUAUGCAGGAGUUGGAUUGUUCAUCUCACAGUUCCUUACAAGUGCUCUUACAGCUCUAAUUUUCUGGGAGAAUUAUAGCAGAAGGGGCAAGUAUGACAGCAGACAUAUCAAAAGUACUAGUUCAUUGAAGUCGGCUUUUAAGAUUCUGCAAAGAGGGACUAAAAUGAACCUGGAAAAUUCAGUUGCUAUCAAGCCAGAAAACAUUAAUGGAGACAUAGAGUUCAAACAGGUGUAUUUCUCCUACCCAGCAAGACCAGAACAGAUCAUCAUGAGGGGUUUAAGCCUAAAAAUUGAAGCCGAAAAGGUUGUUGGACUAGUUGGAAGAAGUGGGGCUCGAAAAUCCACCACCAUCAGAUUAAUUGAGAGAUUCUAUGACACAUUGAGUGUUUCAGUUGAAAUUGACGAGAUUGACAUCAAAUUCUAUAACUUAAGGGCUUUGAGGUCACAUAUGGCAUUAGUAAGUCAGGAACCAGCCUUUUUCUCAGGAACAAUCCGUGACAACAUUGGGUACGCAAAAGAGAAUGCAACUGAAGCAGAGAUAAUUGAAGCAGCAACCUCUGCAAAUGCUCAUGAUUUUAUAAGCUACGUGAAGGAUGGGUACGAGACCUACUGCGGAGAAAGAGGUGUGCAACUAUCAGGAGGGCAAAAGCAAAGGAUAGCACUCGCUCGAGCCAUAUUGAAAAAUCCUGCAAUAUUCCUUUUGGAUGAAGCAACAAGUGCAGUGGACGUUAAUUCAGAGAAACUUGUUCAAGAGGCACUGGAUAGAACCAUGCUUGGCAGGACAUGCCUAGUUGUGGCUCAUAGACUAUCUACCAUUCAGAAGGCAAAUAAACUAGUAGUGAUAGACCAAGGAACUGGAAGGGUCAUAGAAGAGGGGAAUCACAGUGAGCUGCUUGCUGAAGGAGCAAAGCGUGCAUAUUACUCGCUCGUAAAACUCCAACAACUUUCGGAGCAAUCUACAUUUGAAGAAUAG